AUGGCUAAGAGAGAGGUCGACAACCCGAGCGUAUUCAAUCAGCCCUCGAUCACAAGCAUCCAAUGCUGUCUGAUCCUAUGCGUCGUCGAGGUCGGCCAUGGUCUUGAGCAUCAAGCUUGGUUGCGCGUAGGUCAUGCUGCCCGCCUCGCUCAGCUCGCUCGGCUGCACAAAGAAGACCUGGAUGAAACAUCCUUCGUAUGGGGCAGUCCCCGACCAGUUUUGGUUCCAACCGAACUUGAAGUUCGCCGCCGAACCUUUUGGUGCAUGUACUGCCUGGACAGGCUGUUGGCCAACGGUCGUGACCGGAUUGCCACCUUCGCCGUCGAAGAUAUCACCACCCGCCUACCUCAGCCCGACGAGGACUUCAUAUUCGGUCGCGAGCGCAGGACAGGCCGGUUGACAGAUGCGCCGCCUGUGGAUGCGACAGAUGUUGCUACCGGGUCUGCGAGCUUGUUCUCCUACACAAUCCGCAUUAUCAACAUACUGGGUAAUAUUGUGCUAUGGCAUGGGCGGGGUGGGCGUCGUCGCGAUACUCGCUGCCCGUGGCUAGCGGACGCGCCCUUCUCACGCUACGCGAAUAGUCUUGCCUCAUGGAAAGAGAGUCUUCCAAGAUAUUGGGAUUAUAGGCCUCGGAACCUUCCUCUUGUCGUUGCCGCCGGUCAAGGAAAGCUCUGGUCGCUCAUGUUCAUGUUUUAUUUUCAAGCCAAAACAUACCUGUACCGAGAGUAUGCCCCUUUCACCCCUUCCAGAGACUAUGACCCCGCCGCUGGACCUUCAGACGGAACACCUCUGCUUCCGGCUGAUUGCGUACCGCCCCAGACUUGGUGGCGAGACUAUACCAUCACCUUGGUAGAAAGUGCAAACUCGGCGGCCGACCUGUACACACGAAUGCAUGAUCUCGACCUCGCACCUUCGGCAUAUCCUUUUGCUGGUCUCGGCUUGUUCACAGCCGCCAGCAUCCACGCAAUUUUCACCACCUUCGAAUGGAACAGCCUGAAGCCUGUCGUAUCACGAUCCAAGGCGAGAUCGAAUCUAGCCGUGAGCAUGCGCGCAUUUAACUCUUUAGGACAAUAUUGGGACCUUCCUGUGUACUGGAUUCGCCAGAUUUCGCUCUACUACAAACUCAACUAUCUCACCCAUCUGUCUUUCACAGGUGGCGCAGAGAGCAUAACCGCCUUGAGAAUGAACAUCCAGGAGGUCAGGGACGGUGUCAUGAACUAUCUCCGUCAGAUCGGCCCCAAGGACCGAUCGUCACGCCUGCUGAACCUCAAGCCGACGUUUGAUUUUGAGGGCUGGCUGGUCGCCAUCGAAUCCGACUCGACGAGAAACAGCUUACAACCACAGGAGGAGCCCCGACCAGAACAAUCGAGACCGGUUACGAACGUGGAGAACGCCAUUGCCCCUGUAGCUGCCGACACAACCUCGAUCACGGUCUCGGGCUCACGCAUGGAGCAACAGCAGCCUCUCCGGAUGGAAGACCUGCCCUUCGAGGAGCUGCUUCGAACAGCAGCCUUUUUGCCCUCGGAUGGCUGGGAUGACCUGAGCCUCGAAGCCGCGUACUGGGACUUAUAG